AGGCCGCCAUAGGCGUGAGUUGCGCAGUAGGAAUAAAACGUCAAGUUUAGUUGAGUCUGAUUUCUUAUAUGCACUGUGACUGCCUCGUGUUCUCGCGCUUCGCUAAUUUGCCUUGUAAUUUGUUUUGUUUAUCUUUGUGCUUUUCUUUAUUUUCUUGUAAUGUUUAUGUUCUAUUUUUAAUUUGGUUUGGUUUUAUAUUGUUUAAAUUGACGAACAGAAUCAAAAGUAUUUGUGAUAGCAGAGAAACUAGUUUAUGAGUUUAACCAUGGGGAAAAUCAUGAAAAAACAACCACCGAAAAAAUAUGGCAUUUCUUCACGUCGCUUUCGAAAAAUAGUUCAAGAACGCUUGUUAAACGAUUGCAAUCUCGUGCAAUCUCAGCAUAGUUCAUCGACUCCACUCGAAACAAGUAUUGGAGAAGUCUCAAAUAUUUCAUCACUUUUACCUAAUGUCGAAUUACCUACUUUUAUUGACAGUGAACCACCAUCAAAAUUAUGCAAUGUUAAUAUAGACUUGAAUUUGUGUUCAUCAUCAUUUUCAGACAAUAAUGAAAUUUCUAACGCACCAUGUAUUGAAAACGAGCCUUGUGAAAUGGAAUCCAAUGUUAGUGACAAGUUUGUUUUAGAUUUCGACUCUGACAAUAAUUACAAUUUUGAUAGUGAUUCGGAAAUCACAUGUAAUGAAGACACCAGGAAGACCGAUAGUGAUCUUGGCGAAGAUGACUUGGAAUUAUCAGAUUUUUUAUAUCGGGAUGAAACACCUGUAAAGGAAAAUACGUUCUCAGCCAAGCUCCGAGAAUGGGCAUUAAAGUUCCACAUAACUUUAAUUGCCCUUUCAGCUUUAUUACUCUUGCUAAGAGUAUUUGAUUCCAGUUUACCAGUAGAUGCAAGGACGUUGUUAGGAACCCUCAGAAAAACAGAAUGUGCUGAAAUGAGUGAUGGUGUGUAUCACCACUUUGGUUUGGAAAGAGCAGUUGAGAACAUACUUAUUGAAAGAAGAAAUAAAGGUGUGCAAGAUCAAAAAGUAAAAUUAAUGAUAAAUGUAGAUGGUGUUCCAAUUUCGAAUAGUGGGAAAAAUACUUUCUGGCUUAUAUUGUGCUCCGAAGUAAAUUCUGAGAUCGUGUAUCCUGUCGGUGCUUUCUACGGGACGAAGAAACCAAUAGAUGCAAACGAAUUUCUUAAUUCUUUUGUUCAAGAAGCAAUCAACGUUUGUGAAAAAGGCGUGAAGAAUCAUAAUGUUACUAUAGAAGCUAUAAUUUGCGACGCCCCUGCAAAAUCAUUUAUUUUGUAUUUAAAAGGACACACUGGAUACGACUGUUGUCCCAAGUGUCUAAUAACAGGUGUAUGCCAUAGACCGCCACCAUCAACAAGAGGAAAGAAGAAGAAGGGAAAAGUUUGUUUUCCUGGUAUAGGACCAUUUGCGCUAAAAACGGACCAGGAUUUUAAACGCAAUAAAUAUAAUAGCUUUGAAACAGAUGUUGAAAUUGUUCUUACAAAGCUUCCUGGAUUUGGCUGUAUCAGUUGCAUUCCUUUGGACUAUAUGCACUUAGUUUUGCUUGGAGUCACGAAAAAACUAAUUUCUCUGUGGGUUCUCCGUAAAUCAAAAGUAAAAAUAUCUUCCGAUGCCUUAAACACAAUAUCAAAUCGACUACUUCUGUUGCGAAAUACAAUUCCCGUUGAGUUUAAUAGAAGGCCAAGGACUUUAUGGGAAUAUAAAUUCUGGAAAGCAACAGAAUUUCGCACAUUUUUGUUGUAUGCAGGUGUCAUUGUAUUGCAAAACGUUGAAGGAUUUUCUAGCGAGCUUUAUUCUCAUUUUCUCUUACUGCAUACAGCAAUUUCUAUCUUAUCAAGUGACAGACAUAUUUGCGACCCUAGAAAUAUUGAUGUAGCACACGAAAUGUUACAAUUGUUUGUAACAGACUUCGAUUCUCUUUAUGGAAAAGAAUUCAUUUCCUACAAUGUGCACAACUUGUUGCACCUUUGUGCAGAUGUUAAACGAUUUGGAGCUCUAGGAAAUUUCAGCGCCUUUAAAUUUGAAAAUUAUAUGGGGACUGUGAAAAGGAUGAUCAGAAAGGGAGAUAAACCGUUACAGCAACUUGCUAGAAGGUAUGCAGAGGUCGAAAACAUUCAAAAACUGAAGAAUUAUGCAACUGAAGAAUUUAUUCUAGAUCAUGCUCACAAUAGAGGACCAUUAACUCAAGACUGCCUAACAAAUAUUCCUAAACAAUACAAAAAUUUAAAAACCAAAGGAUUUUCAAUAAAUUGUGAUGAUAUUAGGAAUAAUUGUGUUAUGCUAAAGGAUGGAACAUUCUUAAUAGUAGAAAACAUUUUGCAAUUGGGUGGUCAGGACAUUAAGAUAGUUGGACAUAGGCUUUGUUUCAAAGGCAGCCUAUAUGAAGAUCCUGAUUCCAGGUUAAUAAAUAUUUACAUGGCCAAUAAUGUCAAUGAAGAGGAAAAACAUUGUUUACUAUUAAGCGAUGUUAUAUCAAAAGCGUGGAAAAUUCCAACCUCGAAAGGAAUCGCAGUAAUUCCAUUAUUGCACAAAGCAGAACGAAAAUAGAUGGUCACAAUCAUCACCCAUUUUUUCCAGUGUUAAUAUUAAAAAGAACUUCUAGAGUUAAAUUAAAUAUAAUUUCCGACGAGAAAACUACUGGAAAAAUUCAGAAAUCAAGGCAUUAAAGGGUGACUAAAUAUUCAUUAACCUUAAAGAGAGAACAAAUUGUGGCCGUAUCUUCUUCACAUGCUGAUGGGAA